AUGUCACGGGAUUCUGUUCGGAUUACAUCGCAUGCUGGAAGCUGGUAUUCAUCAGAUAGUAAACAGCUCUCAUCACAGUUGAGCAAUUGGCUAGAAAGCUGUGAAAAUAAUAUCUCAGAUCGUAAAACUGUCCGGGCGCUUAUAGUGCCUCAUGCAGGUUAUCGACAUUCUGGCUCGUGCGCAGCUCAUGCAUAUCGGCAAAUAAAUGCUGAAAAUAUAGAACGUGUUUUUAUCAUAGGUCCGUCACAUCAUUUGGCUAUCGGUGAUACGUGCGCACUAACAAGUGUGUCUGAAUACGAGACCCCAUUUUAUAAUCUAAAAAUUGAUCACGAUAUAUACAAUGAUCUUAAACGUCAAAAUUGCUUCGGAGUUAUUACCAAGAGCCAAGAUGAAGCUGAACAUUCAAUAGAAAUGCAGUUGCCUUAUAUUGCUCAUGUCAUGAAAAGCCGGAAGAAUCAGUAUGCUAUAGUUCCUAUAAUUGUUGGUGGUUUGUCGUUUAAAAAGCAAGAAUUUUUCGGAAACCUGCUAUCACAUUACCUUGAGGACGAAAAAAACCUCUUUGUAAUAUCUUCGGAUUUUUGUCAUUGGGGAAAACGCUUUCGAUAUCAAUAUUACAAGGAAUUCGACGGAGAAAUAUGGCAAUCCAUCAUGAAACUCGAUCACUUGGGUCUAGAGGCAAUACAGAGCCUAGAACCUACAAGAUUCAAGGAGUAUCUUGAAGAGUAUGGCAAUACAAUAUGCGGCAGAAGAGGUAUAGGCAUACUGUUACAUAUGGUGGCGUCUCUUCAUCAAAAGAAGACAGGCGAUAUGCAGCUUGAAGUUAUGCAGUAUACACAGUCAAAUCGUUGUCAAACAAUGGAAGACUCAUCUGUAAGCUAUGCAGCAUGUGUGUUACUCAAUAAUCAUUAA